AUGAUCAAGGCUGGAACCAAGAAGCAGGGAUUUGAAGAGGCACCAGAUGCUGAUGAAAAUGGAGAACCACGUCCUAGCCCCGGCCAACUCACCACCAUGCAGAUCAGAGAGAUGAUGGCCAACGCCCAGCGCAUCAUCGAGGAGCGCAAGAAGGCCCUGAGCAACAUCCCGACCAUCCUGCCCCCCGCCCCCCAGCAGCUGAGCAUGGCCCCGAACCCCCAGCCCCCGGGCCUGCCUCCCCUCAUGCCCGUGCCGCCCUCCUUCCCGAGCGUCUCUCAGGUCCUUCAAAACCUGAGGGCUCAGAAGAGAGAUCAGAUUCAGAAGAUCAGAGAGAUGAUGGCCAACGCCCAGCGCAUCAUCGAGGAGCGCAAGAAGGCCCUGAGCAACAUCCCGACCAUCCUGCCGCCUGCCCCCCAGCAGCUGAGCAUGGCCCCGAACCCCCAGCCCCCGGGCCUGCCUCCCCUCAUGCCCGUGCCGCCCUCCUUCCCGAGCGUCUCUCAGGUCCUUCAAAACCUGAGGGCUCAGAAGAGAGAUCAGAUUCAGAAGACUCAACUGCAAUCAAGAUUUGGGGAAGGCCCAGCCAUGCCAAAGGAGCCUGUUCAGCAACUGAUCCUCGAUGAGCAUGGCAGGACACUAGAUCUCAGUGGAAAGGAAGUUACCCUCGUUCAGCACAUGCCCGAACUGAAGGCCAAUAUCAGAGCCAAGAAAAGGGAGCAGUUCACCAAGAAACUCCACGACAAGUCAGGAGAAUCCUCGGCCGAGGCAGCCUUCUACGACUCUCGGAUCGGAGCGAGGAACCCCCUCAGGCAGCACCGUGGCUUUCACUUCCAUGAGAAGGGGAAGUUUCAGCAGAUGGCUGCUCAGAUGAGAAUGAAGGCACAACUGGAGAGAGUCCAGAGUGAAAUAGCACAGCUGGCCCGGAAGACAGGCAUCAGUUCUUCUGCAGGACUGGCAACCAUAACAAUGAAGAAGGGAGAACAAGCCAAGGUCCUAGACAUCAUCCCAGAUGUCGAAUGGUGGGACACCCGCAUCCUCACCGCUCAGCAGUAUCCAGAUGAAAAAUCCUCAUCUUCUGUUAAGGUUGAAGCCAUCACAAACUUGAUUGAACACCCUGUCACUCUCAGACCACCAGGUGAAAAGGAUGAGAUAGUUGCCCUCCCAGUCUUCCUUACCAAGGAGGAAAGGAAGAAGGUGAGAAGACAAAAUCGGAGAGAAACAUGGAAGGACAAGCAGGAGAAGAUUCGACUUGGCCUUGAACCCCCUCCAGAGCCCAAGAUGAGGAUGUCGAACCUGAUGCGAGUACUGGGGACGCAAGCGGUGCAGGACCCGACCAAGAUGGAGGCACAUGUUCGGGCUCAGAUGGCCAAGAGGCAGAAAGCUCACAUGGAGGCUAAUGCUGCAAGGAAACUCACUGCCGAACAGCGACGAGAGAAAAGGGCCAAGAAGCUUCAAGAUGAUACUGGGAGUGGUAUUCAUGUCUCCAUCUAUAGGUUGAAGAAGUUCCAACGUCUCAUGCUGCAUCGCAUCCGGUGGGCGGAGGAUGUCCCCAAGGCCAGUAAGGGAGACACUGGUGAAGACCCCCAGAGCAAUAUCAAUCGAUGCAUCCUGGUUUGGCAGGGAACGGUGAAGGAACGGAACUUCCAUGACUUCAACUUCAAGGCAUGCCCGAUGGAGAGCUUUGCGCGAGAACACUUCAAGAAGCAUAAUGUGGAGCAUUACUGGGACCUGGCUAUGAAGGAGUCCUUCUUGGAAUACAGUGACAGUGUGUGAAAGGGAAGGAGUGCAGCAUGAAAUGGUCUUCUCUGGAAAAAGCGAAAGUGAAGUUCGAUUUCACGGGACGAGAGGGGCGUGAUCGCACCAGUCCCCCUACCAGUAAUUUGUUGGUGUGUAGGAAGUUCAAAAAGGCGCACUUGGGAACCUUUUUCUGAAAGGUUUCUGAUUUGAAAUUCCACAUUUGAAAUGAUAGAGAAUGCAUUUUUGCUUGGAAAUGAACGAUUCUCUGAGUCUCCUGUUAUGGUCAUUUUUGAAUGAAAUUCUCAGCACCUCAUGUUUUCAAUGCAAAUAUAUAUGUUCUAGUUUCUGUUUUCUGCAAUUCUGUGCCCUGACGAGCC